CAAUUGGUAUGUCAUAAAGAAAUUAUUUAAUCCAAAAGUUAAAUGGGUCCAAGUGCAAAUUUCACAAAGCUAAAGGUGCGUCUUUUUUCUGUUUUACAGUAUGAUGAUAAUUUUUUGAAAAUUUCAAAACCCUACUAAAACCUCCGAGAGUGAAGUCAAUCAGAAAAAAUUGCAAAGGAAAAAGAAAAAAGUAAAGUAAUGUCAGAAACUAUGGAAGUUGAGGCGGCGGGAGAAAGAGAGGGAACAAACAGUGUAAUAUGUCAAUUAGCAGACCCUGAAGGCAAUCAGUUGGGUGCCGCCUUAUACCUCCCUGAAAACGCGGGUCCUAAAGAGCUUAAUCAAGUCGUCAAUAAACUUCUCAGCAAUGAGGAAAGGUUGCCUUAUGCAUUUUAUAUCUCAGACGAAGAGCUGCUGGUGCAGCUUGGAUCAUAUUUGGAGAAGAACAAAGUGUCCGUGGAGAAAGUCCUGACAAUAGUUUAUCAACCACAAGCAGUGUUUCGAAUCCGUCCUGUUACUCGUUGUUCGGCCACAAUUGCUGGUCACACUGAAGCUGUUCUUUCAGUCUCCUUCAGUCCUGAUGGACGACAGUUGGCGAGUGGAUCUGGUGACACUACAGUUCGUUUGUGGGAUCUAAACACCCAGACGCCAUUGUUUACAUGUCAAGGGCACAGAAAUUGGGUUCUCUCUGUUGCAUGGUCACCAGAUGGUAAGCAUCUUGUUAGUGGAAGUAAGGCGGGAGAAAUUAUCUGUUGGGACCUUCAGACUGGGAAGCCUUUAGGGAAUCCGCUUACUGGCCACAAGAAAUGGAUAACUGGUAUUUCUUGGGAACCUGUACACCUCAGUGCUCCAUGUCGCCGCUUUGUAAGUGCAAGUAAAGAUGGUGAUGCACGGAUAUGGGAUGUUACCACUAGGAAGUGUCUCAUUUGCCUAACUGGUCAUACACUUGCUAUAACAUGUGUAAAAUGGGGCGGAGAUGGAGUUAUAUACACUGGAUCUCAGGACUGUACAAUCAAGGUAUGGGAAACCACGCAAGGGAAGCUAAUUCGUGAAUUGAAGGGUCAUGGACAUUGGGUAAAUUCUCUUGCACUGAGCACUGAAUAUGUUCUUCGAAGUGGAGCUUUUGAUCACACCAGUAAACAGUUUGCAUCUCCCGAGGAAAUGAAAAAGGUAGCACUUGAAAGGUACAACAAAAUGAGAGGGAAUGCCCCAGAGAGAUUAGUUUCAGGAUCAGAUGAUUUCACCAUGUUUCUAUGGGAGCCUGCGGUCAGCAAGCACCCCAAAACUCGCUUGACAGGUCAUCAACAGCUGGUUAAUCACGUUUAUUUUUCUCCGGAUGGUCAAUGGAUAGCAAGUGCCUCAUUUGAUAAGUCAGUCAAAUUAUGGAAUGGUACCACAGGAAAAUUUGUUGCUGCAUUCCGGGGCCAUGUUGGACCUGUAUAUCAGAUAAGCUGGUCAGCUGACAGUAGGCUCCUAUUAAGUGGGAGCAAAGACUCAACCUUGAAGGUUUGGGAUAUCCGGACCAAGAAGUUGAAGCAAGACCUUCCCGGCCAUGCUGAUGAGGUUUUCGCGGUUGACUGGAGUCCAGACGGAGAAAAAGUAGCAUCUGGUGGUAAAGAUAGAGUUCUGAAGCUUUGGAUGGGCUAGGAACAAGUCCAAUGAAGCUCUUGCUUUGGGUCCGAAAAAUUCAAGGCCCUUUGAUUAUCUUUCAUUAGAUAUAAAAUAUGUAACUCAAGUAGUAAUUACCAUUCUAGUUAGUGAUAAAAAGUAAUUUUUUUUGAUCAUUUGUUGUCAAGUUGUUACCAACCAUUAAUCAUAUAAUGUUGAGGUAAUUAUAGAUGAGAGGUAGAUAUUUAAAA